AUGAACUCGCUCGGAAUCCUCCUCGAGGAAGAAGAUGAUUCGCCCACGCAAUUGAGGCUUUCACCAAUUAUCAGUCUUCUGCCCCCUCUGCCGCACGAUGCUGACUCAGACUCUCUGGACGACACCGCUUCUGCAUAUUCGGCUGAUAUUUCAAGUCAUGUGCGAUUGUCCUCAUUGACACCUUUGGCAGCUACGUCAAUUGCGAAUGCAAAUGCAUAUUCGGUACCGAACUCAGUGACCAAUUCCACUCAGUCUUCGCCGGCUAUCAGGCAGCCUCCGCAUUUCCAGUUUCCGAUGACGGGUGCUAUACAACACCGAAACUCCUCAAUUUCCAGUCAGAACUCUCAACCAGAUGAUGAUAGAGUUUUUGACAGGCCCGAAAUACCGAGACACCGUUCCGGUUUUUCGCUGGCGUCAUUUUCCUCUGCAUCUUCGUCAAUGCUGAAUCCACAAACGUCUUCGGCUGCCACCAAUGAUGGUUCUCCUGUGAUCACCGUAACCGAAAGGUUCAAGGAUCAUGUAACCUUGGGAGACUUUUGGGUUUCUGAAUCGUCCGCAGAUUUUGGAGAGUCCGCAGACAUGGCUCUUACUCGAGAACAGCGUUCGGAGUUGGCCGACUCUUUUCGCACUAAACGCGAUGACGAGCAGCGUGGCUUUGAUGUGGCAUUGAACCGACUCACUGCAAGCGGCUGGUGCUCUGAUCAGGAUAUCCUUGAGCUGCAAAGGAAAAAGACUUUGAAUGCGGAGCUUUGGGAUGAAAGGUUGGCUAGACUGGAGACAGUCAGUCAUCGCACUAAUGGUGCACCAUAA